AGUGAAAGUGAAAAUGAGAAUGAAAAAGAUGAUUCAAUGGUUAUUGAUAACAAAUCAAAUGAAAGUGAAAGUGAAAGUGAAAGUGAUAGCGAAAGUGAAAGUCAAAGUGAGAUUGAAAAUGAAGACACACCAGAUACCAAAAAUGGUGAUGACAAUCAAAGCAGCAGCCAAAGUGAAAAAGAAGACGAGGAAGAUAAAUCAAGUGAAAACGAUAAAGAAGAUUCAAUGGAUAUUGAAGGAAAAUCAAACCAAAGUGAAAGUGAAAGUGAAAGUAAAGAUGAAAGUGAAAAGGAAUCAAAUAAAGAUGUUACUAAUUCAUCAGAGUCAGAAUCAGAAUCAGAAUCUCAAUCAGAGAAAGAAUCAGAAUCAGAAUCAGAGAAAGAGUCAGAGUCAGAAUCAGAAUCAGAGUCAGAAUCAGAAUCAGAAUCAGAGAAAGAGUCAGAAUCAGAAAAAUCAAAAUCAAAAUCAAAAUCAAAUAAAAAAAAACAAAUUCAAAAUCCAAAUGUUAAAAAAGUUUUAAAGAAUGAUAUUAAAGUUGCCCAAUCAUGGAGAUCAUUAUUUAUAAAACCAACAAAUGAAAAUAAACCUAAUAUUAAUAAUAGUAAUAGUAAUAAUAAUAGUAAUAAUAAUAAUAAUAAUGAUGAAAAAGAAGAAAGUAGUUUUAAUAUAUUUUCAAUUGUAAAAGAAAAUGAUAAAAAAGAAAAAGAAGAAAAGAAUUCAAAAUUAAAUAAAUCAUCAACAACAAUGGCAAAAUCAUCUCAACCAACUAAAUUUAGUUUUAAUUUUGGUAGUACAAGUGUAAAUGAAAAGAAGAAUAAUAGCAAUGACUUUUUAAAAACCAAACCAACAAAUACAACAUCAACAUCAUCAACACCAACAACAACAACAACAGAAGAAGAAACAUUUUGGGGAAAUAAUAAUUUAAAUAAGAAAAGGAAAGUUAUGAUUACCCAAUUAAAAAAAAAAUAUUAA